AUGGCUAGAGGUUCACUGGUAGUAAUGAAGGAUCAUCUGAGGAACAAUUUGUACGCUCUAGUGGGUAGCACAAUGACAGGUGGAGCUGCAGCUAGUACCUCUUCAGAUACAAAUACAUAUGAUACUACUCUGUGGCAUAUGAGGCUAGGUCACAUGAGUGAGCAUGGUUUGCAGGAGCUGCAUAGGCGUAACUUAUUGGGAGGAAAGCAUACAAGCAAGGAGGUGCUGGAGUACAUUCAUUCAGAUGUAUGGGUUCCAGUACAGGAAAAUCUGGAUGUAUUUUCUGAAGCAUAA